UUGAAUUCAGCUUUAUAUAUUCACCCUCCUCUUUUUUACCUACGUAUUGAUGGGUAUUGUUUCAUUUUUACUUGCUCCACACCAGACUGGUGGGAAAGGGGUGGCUGUGCUGAAUUCUCGACUGUAGUCUAACCACACUCACAUUAGAAUCUGUGCUCGUGGUUCCAAUGGUGUAAUAUUGGACUUCCUGAACGGAUUAGUGCUCAGAGGAGAUGAAGUUUAGGUAAUAUCAUCUAACUGAGGUGUGAGUUUCAGAAGGCUUCGGAGAGCGUGAAGGGGGCAGAUGCAUAAGCAAUUGACCAAGACGCAACGCCACCGUGAUCUCCAACUUAACACACAGUGUCCAAGUAUCUCGACGCUGUUUGAUCCACCAAGACCUCAAGCAAACACAAGCGACAUUCUCAGAGCGGAGAUGACUUGGGUGGGAAGACUCGGAUGAAAGAAGGUCCGGGAAUAUGGAUGACUAUUUCAUGUUGAAGGGUUUAAGACUGCUCAGUGUCUUCCUCAUAGCCAAAGUGGUUCGGGUCACUGGCUGUCCCUACGGCUGCAAUUGUAGCCAGUUUUCAAUCAACUGCACGGGCGCUCACCUCCAGCAGUUCCCACUGGACAUCCCCUUUGCUACCAAACAACUGCUCUUCUGUAACAACAACAUCUCCAGCCUCCCCGUCCACCUCAACUACCUGGGCGGGCUGGUUCACCUGGAUCUCAGCAACAACUCGCUGGCCGAGAUCUCCCAGAGCGCCUUGGUCAACAUGCAGAGGUUGGUGUAUCUGGACCUCAGCCGCAACCGUCUGCGGGAGCUCACCCACCUCGCCUUCAGCUACCUGGCUAAUAUGGUGGUGCUGAAAGUGAGCGGCAACAAGGAGUUGACUUUCGUGGACAGCCGGGCGCUCUCUGCAAACUCCAAGCUGCAAGACCUUGACUUGAGCGGGAACGGUUUGACCUUCAUAGAUGUCAACAUCUUGUCUGCGCUCACUCACCUCAGAUCGGUGCGUUUGGCAGGAAACCCUUGGGCGUGCAAUUGCAACUCGGAAACCCUAAUUAGUUGGAUAAGAAGAAACAGGCGAAUCAUUCCAGAUGUUGCAGAAGUCACCUGUGCAUUUCCAGAUUCUUUGCAAGGAGUCCUUGUCACGGAACUUGCAGAUAGACUAUUCCCACUCUGUCAUAGGAAACGGGAAUUUAAACUGAGCGAAGUCCUUUACUUUUGCCUAAUCGGCCCAGGGCUAUUUUCCGCAAGCAUUGCACUCAACUUGACUUUCAGCUUGUUGAUGGUUCUCUACAAGAGGAUCAAGAAGAAAGAUAUGAAGCACUAUCGCAAACUCCGCAGGGCCAUCUCGUUUAAAUACUCCAAGCGGCCGAACAUAAUUAUUCAGCAAAUCAAUACCAAAGCCUUCGCAAAUGGGGGUGCAACAUUCGGAGUGCAACUCAGCAGAUGACUUUACAUCUGACCUGUUACUGUGAAAGGAUGUCCACACUGAGAAUGACCAUAGGAUAUGAAGUAAAAUUACAGUAUUGCCUUAAUGUCGACACAAUCAGAAAACCAUCUCAAUCAAUAGGAUUUACAAUUGCUAUUCUGAAACUCCAUCUUGUCGCAUGUUGAACCUCAAGGAUUUUUACACAUUUAUUUGUUGGAAACCAGAAUCAGGUUUUAGGAUUCAAAAUUCUGCAAAUGAAAUUUGUUAACAGUGUAAUCUUAUUUUUUUAAAUUAUUUUUCCGUUAGAUAAACUAAAAUUGUGAAUGUUAGAUCCUUUUGAACUCUGUCUCUCUGUAAAACAAUGCCGUGAUAAUUCAUUUCAUAUGAGCAAUUUUGAAACAAUGAAUGUAGAGAAUAAAUUAACUGGCAGGAACACAUGGAAACUCUCUGUACAGAUUAAAGAGAUUUGGUGGUUAGAA